AUGGACAUCAUGUGUGGGAGGACCAAUCUCUCAUCAAGUGGAGGAAGAGAGAUGCACAUGUCCCUUUACGUUGCCAUGAUUCAAUUGAAGGCAUACAUGGCGCUUGGUGAUAUUGAAGCUGUAGUUGAAAGCUUCAAAAAGGCAUUGGAUCUGGAGCCAACUGAUUGUUUGUCUCUCACUGAAAAGGCAUUGGAUUGCGUCCUUAUAUCCAGUAAGUGGUGUGAACAGUUGUUAUACUGUUCAUACUCUGCAAUUGAGUUGAUUUCUAUGACAUAG